AUGAAGCUCGUUCAAAUCGUUUACCUCGCCAUGCUUGCCGCUUUCAGUGCCGCUUCCAGUCCCACUGGGGUGACGACAGCAGCACCUGCUUCUGAAAGCGCAGAGUGCCCAGGCCCGUCAUUUUGCAUCCCAGGAUCACCUCCGGAAUGCCCGGAAGAGUGCUGGCCUUUCGAUUGGAGCAAUAAGUGCUGGAUAUACCUGGGCAUAGUCGUUUUCCAGGGCGUCAGAGUCAGAAGAUCAUCCAACCAAGGCAAGGCGAUGAUCGCAACUCCGAUUUCAAACACUGGCAGGAAAGAUCAUGUUUCUAGAUAA